AUGAAUGAUGACACUAGGCGGUAUACUAGGUCCUUGCAAUCCUCUAUCAAGGUGGUGAAGCCGCUACCAACGAACCCCGCCUUCUGGGUACCGUCGAGAACAAGCUCGGAAUUAAGGAUUGGCUCGAGGCGCAAGGACAUGAAUUCAUUGGUUUCCAGCAGCAAAGAGGGUCCUGAUAGUGACUUCCAGAAGCACAUUGUCGACGCCGAAGUCCUAAUCACCACUCCUUUCCACCCUGGAUACUUGACUCGAGGACUUAUGGAAAAGGCGAAGAACCUCAAAAUCUGCGUCACUGCCGGUGUCGGCUCAGACCACAUCGACCUCGACGCAGCCGUCGACCAUAACAUCGAAGUCCUCGAGGUCUCCGGGUCCAACGUCGUCUCCGUCGCCGAGCACGUCAUGAUGAGCAUCCUCCUGCUCGUCAGGAACUUCGUCCCCGCCCACGAGAUGAUCGAACGCGGUGACUGGCAAGUCUCCGAGAUCGCGAGGAACGCGUUCGACCUAGAAGGCAAGGUCGUGGGCACCCUCGGUGCAGGCCGCAUUGGCUACCGCGUCCUCCAGCGCUUGGUCCCAUUCAACUGCAAGGAGCUCCUGUAUUAUGACUAUGCGCCCCUUCCCGCAGCUGUUGCUGAGUCUGUCAAGGCUCGCCGCGUCGAGGACCUCAAAGAAUUCGUUUCUCAGUGCGAUCUAGUCACCAUCAAUGCCCCUCUCCAUGAUGGCACCCGCGGUCUCAUCAACGCCAAGCUACUGAAGCACUUCAAGAAGGGCGCCUGGAUCGUUAAUACCGCCCGCGGCGCCAUCUGCGACAAAGACGCCAUUGCCGCCGCCCUCGCCAGCGGCCAGAUCACCGGUUACGCUGGCGACGUCUGGAACGUGCAGCCUGCACCGAAGGACCAUAUCUGGCGCACAGUGAAGAACCCCCUCGGCGGUGGAAACGGUAUGGUACCGCAUUACUCUGGCACGACUCUCGACGCCCAGGCGAGGUAUGCCAACGGGACGAAAACGAUCCUGGAGAAUUACUUCCAGAACAAGCCUCAGGAGCCGCAAAACAUCAUUGUUGGCAAGGGCAAAUACGAGACCAAGGCUUACGGCCAGCGCUGA